AUGGUAAGAUUCGGACUUACCCUGCGUCAUGAGCUUCAAUUGACUCAGCAUGGUAGGCAAUGGUGGCUCCCCGUUGUGGCCAUGUACAUCUUCCCACUCAUUCUCACCGCAGGAUGGUUUUUCUUCCCCGAGUCACCAUAUUGGCUAGUCAGAUACGGAAAAUCAACCCAAGCAAAGAGGGAAUUAAGGAAAGUCUAUGGCUUCAACGAUGAUGCUUUCUACGACAUUGAAAUCCGAAGAAUGGAAGAAGAAAUCCGCCUUGCAGCCGAGAUUCAAGAAACGGCAGACGCACCUAAACACAAGUUCUUAGGCGUUGACAUGUCAGCAGAAGUCGAGUGCUUCCAAAGCAAAAACCGCAAACGCACCUUCACUGCUAUCUUUGCUGCCAGUGGUCAGCAAAUGAUUGGAGCUACCUUUGUGAUCGGCUACGCGACCUAUUUCCUUGAAUUGAUCCACGUAAAAGCAUAUUUUGACGCAUCUGUGGUCCUUUACAUCGUCAUGCUUCUGUCCAGCAUGGCAGCCUUCCCCCUGACGGAGAUUUUAGGACGUCGGACCCUCAUCGUCUGGCCGCAAUUUGCACUGUGCUUUAUGCUCCUGGUCAUAGGGGUUCUGGGAUGUGUCCCAGACCAAACAAAAGCUAGUUGGGGAAUCAUAGUAUUUAUCUACUUGUGGGCAAUCAUUUUUCAGCUCUCCAUCGGGGCGACAGGAUUUGUUUUAGCAUCGGAAAUUGCUACCAUACGUCUUCGUGGCGCGACCCAGGGACUCGUCACCAUUUCCAACGCGGUCUGGGGGCUAAUUAUGCAAUUUACCAUCCCUUACAUGAUCAAUCCCGAUGCCGGAAACUUGGGUGGUAAAGUCGGUUUCAUCUUUCUGGGGACGGGACUUAUUGCUGCAACUGGGGGGUGGUUCUUAUACCCGGAAACAAAGGGAAUCUCGUUCGAGAAACUUGACGAACUAUAUGCACUACAAGUGGCGCCCAGGCAUUUCAAACGCAUAGGAAAUGAACUAAGCCUGGCUGAUGAGCUAGGCCCGGUUGGGGAGAGCCAGAAAGGUGGGAGUGUACAUGUUGAAUAG